UGCGCGAUGCGCAAGGCGGACGUAGCGGUUGUUCGAACAUUAGUCAAGUAUAGUUGUCGUUGAUACAUUGCACCGCGAGUAGUUUGUUGUUGGCGUGGUUCGUUUCCGUGGCACGCAGAACUGUGAAAAUUAAGACGCGUAAUGCCAUUAGCCAGCGUUACGGUAGUAAUCGUUAGGUAGAUCGAUUGGUCGUAGGAGGAACAACAGAUGAAUAUUUGCAACCGAACGCUGUAACUGAGAGUCGAGGAAAAAUGUGGAGUCCAACGCACGUUCAAGUGACAGUUCAAAGAGCGAAGAACUUGUUAACCAAAGGGAAACACAAGAGCAACGAUUGUUUCGUCACGAUCGCACUUGGAAAGGAGAAAUAUCAGACGUCCGUGAAGGAGAAAUCACCGAAAGACGUGGAAUGGCACGAGGAAUGCGAAUUACUUAUCCCGGAACAAGGAAACACAGCGGAAAUUGUCCUUACCGCCCUUCAUCGGAAUUUCUUGGGUGUCGACGAGUUCCUUGGUACCAUCAGCGUCCCCCUCUCCAGCUUCGACGUAUACGAAAGACCGAGGAAUCGAUGGUACACACUUGGAAGUAAGCCAGGCAAGGAAAAUACGAAAGAGAGAGGUGAACUUGAAGUAAAGAUAGGUUUCAUCGUAAAAGCUGGAAGUUUGACCGAUUUGAGUCAUAAAGAACGGCACAAAAGCUCCCUUGGUCAGUUAUCCACGGCUGCCCACUCGAUCGGUGGAAGUUUACUCAGCAUAGGUAGCUUCGAGAAGCGCAAAGGCUUGAAGAAAUUAGCAAAAUCCAUUGGAAACCGCGUGAAAGGAAAGAGCAAGCAUAACAUACACAAGGGGGAUGACUUAGACGAAAGGGAGGAGCAUAAAUUCAGGACUACUCGACAGGAACCUGGCGAGGCUGAUCCUGGUGUUAUCAGCGAGGACGAGGACGAAUUUACGUUCGACGACUUAUCCCAUAAGAGUUCAGCGUCGUCUUUAAAUGCUCCCGUGGUGGGUGGCAACAGUAACAGCGUGGGUUCGAUAGCCUCGAGCACCUCCUCCGGUAAUAAUGUUAACGAUGCGCAUCAUCUCCCUCCAGCGCCAAUAAACGCAGCACCUAGCAAACCGCCACGGUUCUCCAUGAGUGCAUCCACCACAUCUUUAUCCAAGGUGGAUUGUAUCAAGGAGGACGAAUGGGGUUUGAAACUUUAUGGAAAGCAAGUUAAUAAUAAUGUUAAAAGGUGGGAACGUAAUCCAAGUCCUAAAAUUGUGAUAGACGAGCCAAAGGACGAACAUCGCGAAUCUUCCCCUGUAACUUCACCGUCGUCGACUUUGAAGCGUCACGAAGCUCCGGAACCUCCGAGUCCGGCACCACGAGAAAUUUUCCACAUGAAGAACAGGGAAGAAAAGUUUGUGUCGAAUAAAGAGAAGAACGCGAAAGAAGAGAAAUUGAAGGAAAAGAAAGAGGAUAAAUAUGGUUACUGGAGUCCGAAGGAUGAAAAGCAACAAAGAAAGGACAAGAAAAAGGACAAAGAGAAUAAUAAGUUGAAGGAUUUCAACGACGAUAACACUUUAUCUACGGAGAGAAUUAUCAUCGGAGGUGAAGACGCGGUUAGAACAGUGACAGGAAAAAGCCACUUGCCUCAUGAAGUACUCGCUCAAUUUGAAGGAAAAUCGAGAGAGGAUCUGAUAGAGCUGACGCUACAACUGCAAGCGGACGUAACAGAGAAAAAGAAACGCCUAACUGACUUGGAAGAUUAUAUAGAUGCGUUAUUACUGCGGGUAAUUGAAUGCUCACCGCGGUUGCUACAAAACCCAUACCAGUCACAGAGACGAUUACGACGUUGA